AUGUAAUAUAGGAAAAUGAUAUAAACUUGCAAACAAAUAUUGUAGUGGGACCAAAUCAAAAAGAAAAGGACGAUUGAUUUAUGAAUGAUCAUCGUCAAAAUCGGCCAUCGUUCUUCUCGUCUUCCUUGGCGCGCCAGAUAAGCACCCAAUUUUGCUUCUAAUUGCGCUGAAAAAGUGGCAGAGGCAAGGCUCUCACACAUAAAGUACUGUUGCCGAUUUGCAUGCUUAUUGUAUACUGAAUGCUGUAACUGCAUUCUCAUCAGAAGAUGGCUAUGGCUGGUUCUUUAAAUUCUUCUCAUAAAUGGGGAAUUUACAAGAACCAGCGGUACAGCAAGCAGACUGUCAUGUAUAACCGACAGGGUUUGAUUGGAAGUAACAAGUUACAUACGUUACCUGCCGGUCUGUCAUCGUUUGCCUCGCAACAAGACGCCUUUGGUAUCAAGCUUUCAGUUCGAUCACAUCAACCAUUAAACACAGCUCCUAAUAGAUUCAAUCUAGUUAAGUGCAAUUGCUCACUUAAUCCAGUCCAAGCUUUUUCGGCUUCUGCUGUCAAGAAUGCCGCACUUGCCUUAUCAAGUGGUUUGCAAGGUAAACCUAUAAUACUGAAGCUACUUCCAGCAGUGGGUAUCGUUGUGUUUGCUGUCUGGGGCCUUGGGCCGCUAAUGCGUCAAACCAGAACCAUUUUUCUUCACAAGAGUGACGGGAGUUGGGGAAAGAGUAAUUCACGUUAUGUUAUGACCUCUUACCUUCAGCCAUUGCUGUUAUGGACUGGAGCAAUACUUAUCUGCAGAGCAUUAGAUCCAGUCGUCCUGUCAUCAGAGGCUAGCCAGAUCGUUAAAAAUCGGCUCUUAACUUUUGUGAAAUCAUUAUCGACGGUCCUUGCACUUGCUUACUGUUUAUCCAGCGCAAUUCAACAAACACAGAACUUUUUCAUGCAGACAAGUGAUGCUACUGAUACAAGAAAUAUGGGAUUCCAAUUUGCCGGCAAAGCUGUAUAUACUGCAGUAUGGGUUGCAGCCGUAUCACUUUUCAUGGAGCUGUUAGGUUUUUCUACUCAGAAAUGGUUAACUGCAGGUGGUCUCGGGACUGUUUUGCUCACACUUGCCGGUCGUGAGAUAUUCACAAACUUUCUGUCGAGUAUUAUGAUCCAUGCGACACGUCCAUUUGUCGUCAAUGAAUGGAUCAAAGCAAAGAUCGAAGGCUAUGAAGUUUCUGGAACCGUAGAGCAUGUUGGUUGGUGGUCACCUACAAUCAUAAGAGGUGAAGACCGUGAAGCUAUUCAUAUUCCAAAUCACAAGUUUACCAUGAAUGUAGUGAGAAAUAUGACUCAGAAGACUCAUUGGCGUAUUAAAACUCAUCUGGCUAUAAGUCAUCUAGAUGUCAAUAAGAUCAAUGUUAUCGUAGCUGACAUGCGAAAAGUAUUAGCAAAGAAUCCUCAAGUAGAACAACAAAGAUUGCAUAGGAGGGUUUUCCUUGAAAACGUCGAUCCCGAAAAUCAAUCCCUUUUGAUUCUGGUGUCAUGCUUUGUGAAAACUCCUCAUCAUGAAGAGUACUUGUGUGUAAAGGAAGCAAUCUUGUUGGAUCUUCUGCGAGUGAUUAGUCAUCACCGAGCCCGGCUUGCAACACCAAUCCGUACAGUUCAAAAAAUGUAUAACGACGCUGACAUGGACAGCUAUCCCUUUGCAGAUUCAGUCUUUACUCGUGGCCGCGCACCUCCGCAUCGCCCCUUGCUGUUGAUGGAACCCAAUUACAAAGUCAACGAAGAAAAGUCAAAAGGUCAAAACAAGUCCUCAAUAAAGUCAAAUAGCAAGACAGAAGGGAAGAGUGCAAGUGCAGAUGUAAAAGCCACUGAUAAGAAAACAAGUUCUGAUGCAAAAGACAAGAAGCCAAAUCCUGAGACUACUGUAAAAGAUAAAAAUGUGGAUGAUGGAAAACCGAGCAAUGAAGCGGUUGAAAGUGAUGGUGCAACAGAACAAAAGGCGACACGACAUGCUGCAAUGGAAGAAAACAUAGUUCUAGGUGUUGCUUUAGAUGGUUCUAGAAGAACUCUUCCUAUUGAAGAGGGAAUGGAUACUGCUUCAUCUGAAGUGAAAGAACUGACGAAAAGCAGUAGUGCCAAAGGAUCCACAUCGUCAGAGAAGGAUAAGAAAGACGGAAACACCCUUGGCUCGAAAAACACCGAUAACAAGUAAGGCAAUCCGGUUGCUUAGCUCCGGUACAUAGCAUUGAUGUAUGCCAUUUGAUUUUGCAAAGUAGUGUCAGAUUUUAGUACUAUGAACACAUUGGAUGAUUCAUUUUUAAAGAUGAUCCAGAGUUCAAAACCUUGGACCCAUGUUUGAACCCAA